AGCUUUGCCUUUGCUCAUUAUUAUUUUAACCAAAUUAAAACCGAAAGUAGCAUUCAGUCCAAAAUGGCGUCAGAAUCGGACCAUUUUGAUCUCCAAAGAUUGUACGAUCUAUUGUACGCUUGCUACGACGAAUCAGGCAUAAUAUGUUUGGAUAAUUAUGUGCACGCUUAUGAUGAGAUUUCAAAGUUGCUACGGCUGAUGGGAACAGUUUUUGGAUUUGUUAAUUCAGAUGUAGUUGAGAAGAUUGGUAUUUUGAGAGAGUACCGCAAAUCGGACAGUGGUGAUCACUUUAAAACAAUACAGAGCAUGAUGAAGUAUGAAAUUGACACAAACACAACAAAUAACAAGAAAAAGGCUUCAGGAUCAAGAACUCUACUCAGGUUGCACAGAGCGCUCGAAUUUGUGGCAGACUUCCUUCUAGCUGUAAAGGAAUCCGAUGAACACGCCAAACUCUCAGGCGUCUGUUCAAAAAGCUACUAUCGUACCUUAUCGAAACACCAUCCAUGGAUAGUCAGGAAAGGGGUAGAUGUGGCAGUUUACACCAUACCGUCCCGCAAACACUUUAUGGAGAAACUGAAAGUACACGAUGUUAAGGAGACAGAAAAACUUCUUGGAGAAACAGGCUCUCUCGGCAUGAAAAUAUUCAAUGUCGUCGAAAAAUUAUAUGCAGAUAACAAACUUUUAGAUCUACCAUAAAUCUUUUAUUUAGCCUGAAAAUGAUAUCUCAACUAAGUUAUUAUUGCAAUGUACAUGAUAUAGUUUGCAAUGUUUUAUGUGAAAGGUAAAGACUUUGAGUUAAAACUGCGUAGUUUCCGUCUACUGUGUGUUUUAUUAGAAGUGUGAUUUUUUCAAUAUCUAAAUAGAUUACAAUUUGAGUGAGAGUGAAUUACAGAAUAAGCAUCAGUAGUUACAUGUUUUAUUGGCAGUUAGGAUAUAUUUGGAGUAAAUUAUACAAUGUAUAAGCAUGUAUUUCCUAUCCAAGAUCUCAAAUAGUGUAUUGAUUUUUUUUUCAUAUCACCAGUUAAUACAUAAGGCCUGAAAGAUACUAGUAUUUAAUGUGCAUUAAUAGAAAGCACCUUUUACAAGGAAGUAUUAUAUAAGUGUGGUCUAGAUACAAGGAACAGUUUAUAGAUACGGUAUAUAUCUAAAUAAGUUUCUAUAUAUUUUUUCCUGUGUGUUGUAUUGAAGUUUUGAAAUAAGAAAGACAUUUUGGCUGUGUCAAAAACAGUUUUGUUAAAAAAAAUAGCAUCACUGUUUCUAGUAUUUGCUAUGAAAAUAAAGCACAGCCACAAGUUUUUUGAUGUGACAGUUCUGCAGAGUUCAAAUAUGUAGCUUCUAACUUAUUAGGGUAAUGGAAUAAAAAGUGAUGGAAAAAUUCACUAAUCUGUGUAAGAUGCCUAGUCAGUUUGAAUAGGUUAGUGCUUCAGUGAAGUCGUUUAAAUUGAUAGACACAAAUUAACUGUUUCUGCAGAAACAGUAUUUUAUGGAGAUAAGACUUUGUGGAUUUCAAAUUCUAAACAUAAAAUGAAUGGGAACAUUACUUGUUAGAUCGAAUUGAAUUUUGUAGAUUGUCUCAUUUGUGAAAAAAUAAGUCACCCACAAACAUCAAUGCUUUCACAGCCUUUCAAGUGACGCAGAACAUGUCCAACUUAAAAACACUGCUUCUGCUAACUAAAUUUGGUACAAAUGUACUUCUAACUUAGGAACUUAAUAACCCAGACUACCGGUAGUAAUAGUUUCAAACGCUGCUAAUUUAUGACUUACAUUUUACAUGAACUUGAUAACAUGUAUGAUAUAACUCUGUUAUAUUUGCAUAAUGUUAAAGAACCAGACAGUAAAUGGACAUAUUUAUCAGUCUUACAAUUCAGGGCCUGUAUUCAUCGAAGUGUAACUUCUGAAACUUGGACUUAAGAAUGGCAAAUUUGCCUAGAGUCAAAGUUUCAGACUUAAAAUCUUGAUGCAUACUGUGAAAUCAUUAAUAUUCAUAGGGGUCUAAUUUUUGUGGUUGAGUCAAACCAUUAAAUUUAAUCCCAACAAACAAAUUUCCCAUUCAUUUUAUGUUCAAAAGUUGAAAUUCAGGAAUUCAUAUCCCCACGAAAUUGCCGUUUUGACCAAAACCACGAAAUUUCAUACCCACGAAAUUUAAUGAUUUUACAGUAUGGGCCCAGGUCUACAUAUUUUUUUACUUUUUUAAUUAUUGAUAAUUGUUAAAAAAAAAUCAGUACUGAAAUUUCAGGUCUGUUGGUUAAUUUUUCACUGAAGUAACUUACUUGUGAAAAAAGUUCGGCAUUUACUUCCUACCUUCAUCAGUGUAUUUUCAAAUACGAAAGAUUGAAAAAUAUCACACACAGUGAUUGUUUCACAUGUGAAAUAAAUGGCAUGAAUACUUACAUGUAUAUACAUAUUUUUGUACUUUGUAUUACAGCAUUUUUGCAUAAAUUUACAUGUGGAUAUUAAUACAAAUCAGAUGUAAGAUUAAGGUCUCAAAACUGACUUUUAUUGAUAUCCACAUGUAAAUGCAAAAAUACUGUUAUUUAUUGCAUAUAAAUGUCCUUGUACCAUAAAGUAGAGAAACUGUGUACAUUAAUAAGUUUUGGAUAAGUGAUUUUCAAAAGGAAAUUGUUUUUUUGAAGACUUGUUUUAGAUGGUGAAAAUAAACAGAUUUAUUUUUUUAUUUCUUCUGCCAAAAUUUUUUUUUUUUUAUUUUCUAAAUUACACUUCUUGUCUUGAUAUCAUUGAGAUCUACAAGGAUGUGGAAUGUCCUUGGAAAUACCUAUGAUGGUCAUGGUUAGUAAUUUCUUUUUGUAGAAAUAUGUAUGGGGAGUAUUGUAUGGAAGGGCCUCUUAAAUUCAGUGAUACAUAAUACUUGUUUCUUGCUUUAUUAUGUCUCCCACCACACAGUGGUGUGGGAGACAUGUUGAUUUACUCCAGUCUGUGUAUGUGUGUGUGUGUCUGUCUGUCACAAAGCUUGUCCGCACUCUAAGUCGAACAUUUCUCAUCCUAUUUUCACCAAACUUGAACAAAAUGUGUUUGAUCAUGAGACCUCGGCCAAGUUCGAUAACUAGCCAAAUCGGUCCAGGCGUCUUGGAGUUAUGGCCCUUGAAUAACCAAAAAUCGGCCUUUUUACUCUUGUCCGCACUCUAAGUCGAACAUUUCUCAUCCGAUCUUCACCAAACUUUAACAAAAUAUGUUUGACCAUGAGACCUCGGCCAAGUUCAAUAACUAGCCAAAUCGGUCCAGGCAUUUUGGAGUUACGGCCCUUGAAUUACUGAAAAAAUCUGCCUUUUUACUCUUGUCCGCUCUCUAAGUCGAACAUUUCUCAUCCGAACUUCACCAAACUUGAACAAAAUGUGUUUAGCCAUAAGACCUUAGCCAAGUUUGAUAACUAGCCAAAUCUGCCCGGGCUUUUUUGAUUUAUGGCCCUUGAAUUACUGAUUGGAUCCACUCGUCCAGACCAUCUAAUUGGAUCCACUCAUCCAAGCCAUCUAGAGACACUAGACAUUUUUCAUAGGGGCAGUUGUGGGAGACAUGCACUUUUCUCAAAAGCAUCUCUAGUUUAUACACAGGUUUACAAGGGAGAAAUUGUUGCUUUUUACCAGUUAUUUACAUUUUAUGUUGAAUCUGUCUUGAUGAUAUAACUUCUGUGAUAUUUUUUCAUUGCUUGUUUUAGAUUUCAAUUUUCAUUUUGAGUGCCGUUGUGCAAAAACCAACUUAGUUUAGUUUAUACUAAUUUAUUUUAGCGCAAUUGUGAUGAAAGCUUUAAGCUUGUAUUUGAACCACUCUCGAGUCCGCUUCCUGGGAAAACCCAGUACUGAUGUCUUAUGAGAAGUCAUGGUCAUGACCCCAUUGGGGCUCGAACCCAUGACCCCCAGGUUGAGCGGCCAACACCUUAACCACUAGACCACCGCUCCCCUUAGAACCAACUUAGCGACCAGUAUGGAUUCAGAGCAGCAUGUACAUCCUUGCAGUCUGAUCCGGAUCCAUACUGUUUGCUAAUCAGCUAUAUACAAGUGCAGAAACUGAUUAACGAAUAUUAUGGAUGUGGAUCUAAAUGAACAUAAGGGGUGUGCACAGAUCUGGAACCUUGCUAGUCGCAAAGCCCUAACGCUGGUUUACACACACUGACAUUUAAUAUUUGUUAUUUUACCUUUUCUGAUUGAUCCUUUCAGGAGGACUAAUUUUUUAAUUAGCUCUAGAAUUUGGUGUGAAUGAUUGAAUUUAAUGUUUUUCUUAAACAGUUAUAUAUUUUAUAUUUUCUUUAACCUUUAGCCUGCUGGCGGCAAGUCAUUUUGCCUUUGCAACCAGUGCAGACCAAGAUCAGCUGGCUGAUCAUGGUCUGCACUGUUCGCUAUUCAGUCAGUAAAUUUUCAGUAAAAUUCCCUUUGAAUAAUAAGUGGUACUGCCCAAAUUGAAUAAUGGACCAGUCCAUUUUAGAAAUCUAGCAGGGUAAGGGUUAAAUAUUUGUGUGAAAUUAGUUGUCAGAGUUUCAUCAGAUAUGAUCACUUAGUCAGUUAACAGCUCCACUGCACAAAGAAACCAUUAAUUUUGUGAUCAAAUGAAGAAUGUUAAUGUAAAAAAAAUUAACUUCCUACUUCAGAUUAAUUUGGGCUUGUAGUAGUAUUUUGCCUAGUCACAAUGUAUAAUUCGGUACAUAUCCAUUUCACUGUAUAACCUCUAACAGUAUCAAUACCUAUUUGCUGUACAACAAAAAUAGCCCAACAAAAAGUUAAUUCGAGACAACAGUACAGUAAACUUCUUUAGAGCAAAUGUUUUUGACCAGGAUAUUAAAGUAGUGUCUGCAUGUUGUUUUGUUGAUGCUUCAGUGUAAUUGAUUAAGUUUCAAAUUCUUUUUAACCUGCCUGCAUUUUUGCAAAUUUCAUUCUGCUUAAUUAAGUUACUUCUAUACAUUUGAAACAAAUAUCGUUCUACAAUGAAGAAUUUUAUUAAACCAUAGUUUUCAAAGCAUCAUUGUUUCUGAAGGAAAUUGAGCCAUUAAAAGAAAUAGCUUUGUUAGACUGAUUUCAAAACCAGUCAGUUUUGGUAUUUUACUUGCUGUAUUAUAUUUUUCACUUCAAAUGACAUUUUUCACAUACCGAAAAAGUUUCGUUAUGUAGAUUUAAACGAAACUUUUCAUAGUUGUAGAUUUACCUAUUUUCAAUGAUUUUGCCAAAGAAAAUGUGUAUAGGUCCAACUCCCCAAAUAUCAAUGGAGUGACUUACAUUGCUGCUUAAUUUAUGCUAUUAUUUUGAAUUGUUUUACAUCAAACCCCAUCUAGUAUCAAAAGUAACCUUAAGAAAGACCAUAGCACUGUUUGUUUAACAUUUAAUACCCCGGAUAUAAUAUAUCUGAGCAACUUUUUUGCAACCUGAAAAACGGCUACCAGGUAUUAUGCUAUGUUUUCCAGAUAAAUAAUGUUAUGUGGUCACUUUCAGUUAAUCAAAUGUGCAGAACUACCUUAACACAAUAAACUUUUUGUUUGAUAGAAGUUGUUCAAAUAUGCAGAAUAUGUAAACGAUUUCAUACUUGUAUGUAUAUGCCUGCCUAUAGAAAAUCUAUGCAUAGAAAAAAGUGUCAACUCGGAAUUCUUGAUAAUUUAAUCAGGUUGCGCGAUAUAAGUACAAAGUGUCAACUCGGAAUUCUUGAUAAUUUAAUCAGGUUGCUCGCUCUGUCAAAUAUAGGUAAAAAGUGUCAACUCAGAAAUCUUGAUAAUUUAAUCAGGUUGCGUUCUCUGCCUAAUAUAAGUAAAAAGGGUCUGCUCGGAAUUCUUGAUAAUUUAAUCAGGUUGCGCUCUCUGCCUAAUAUACCGGUACCUAAGUAAAAAGGGUCUGCUCGGAAUUCUUGAUAAUUUAAUCAGGUUGCGCUCUCUGCCUAAUAUAAGUAAAAAGGGUCUGCUCGGAAUUCUUGAUAAUUUAAUCAGGUUGCGCUCUCUGCCUAAUAUAAGUAAAAAGGGUCUGCUUGGAAUUCUUGAUAAUUUAAUCAGGUUGCGCUCUCUGCCUAAUAUAAGUAAAAAGGGUCUGCUCGGAAUUCUUGAUAAUUUAAUCAGGUUGCGCUCUCUGCCUAAUAUAAGUAAAAAGGGUCUGCUCGGAAUUCUUGAUAAUUUAAUCAGGUUGCUUGCUCGGCCUAAAAUUAGUGAAGAGUCUCUAAUCUGAAUUCUUGAUGAAUUAUUUAGGUUGUUGGCUCUGCCUAAAAUUAGGAAAAGGUGUCUAAUCAGAAUUCUCGAUAAUUUAAUCAGAUUGUUCGCUCUACCUAAUUUAACUGGUUGCUCGCUCUGCCUAAAAUUAGUAAAAAGUGUCUAAUUAGAGUUCUUGAAGAUAUAAUCAGGCUGCUCGCUCUGCCUAAAAUUAAUAAAAGGUGUCUAAUCAGAAUUCUUGAAGAUAUAAUCAGGUUGCUCGCUCUGCCUUAAAUUAAUAAAAAGUGGCUAAUCAGAAUUCUUGAAGAUAUAAUCAGGUUGCUCGCUCUGCCUUAAAUUAAUAAAAAGUGUCUAAUCAGAAUUCUUGAAGAUAUAAUCAGGUUGCUCGCUCUGCCUUAAAUUAAUAAAAAGUGUCAAAUCAGAAUUCUUGAAGAUAUAAUCAGGUUGCUCGCUCUGCCUUAAAUUAAUAAAAAGUGUCUAAUCAGAAUUCUUGAAGAUAUAAUCAGGUUGCUCGCUCUGCCUUAAAUUAAUAAAAAGUGUCUAAUCAGAAUUCUUGAAGAUAUAAUCAGGUUGCUCACUCUGAUGCCUAGAAAUGAUUUGAGUUACAGGUUUAAGACAUCUGAGAUUUAAAUGUAUAAUGCUGUGAAUACUGACUCUUUAGGCAUUGGUCAAAAUAAGAACGAACUUCUAUGCAUACAAGUAUGAAGCUGCAACCUCUUUUUUUUUUUCAUGUCAGUUAUACACAUAUUAACAUUGUAUGCAGUAUUUUCUGUGAAAAUACUUAAUUGUUUCACGAUUAUUAUAAAAGCAUGGUUUAUGAUAGAGCAGAAUAAAAAAGUUCACACCAAA